AUGGAUCUGUUUGAGUUCGACUUUUUCAGAGACUGGGAGAUUGAACAACCAUGUCAUCUGGAACCAGAACGCAGUGCCCUCAAGAGGAAAGAGUGGGAGAGGAGGAACCAAGAGGUCCAACAGGAUGAAGACCUAUUCGCAACUGGAUUCAACCUGUUUGGAGAACCUUAUAAAACAAAUAAAGGUGAUGCGUUGGCCAACCGUGUCCAGAACACACUGGGCUCCUACGAAGAAAUGAAGGACCUGUUAACCAGCCAUUCUAACCAGAGCCACUUGGUUGGAAUCCCAAAAAGCACCAACAACCUCCAGACUCCAACCACUUCAACAACAGAGAGACCUGCCCUGGAGUCCCAGCUUUUCACUGAAGAACUAAGAGGACAAACAGGUGGUGGGGGGGGAGCAGAGGACGUUCUUAUGACUCCUGGUCUAACAACUCCCAUUUCUGGACUGACUACUCCUACUUUUCCACCUGGUAGUGUUUCUGGGAAGCCCAUCGCAGUGCAGCAAAAGCCCACAGCAUAUGUUCGACCAAUGGAUGGCCAGGACCAGGCACCUAGUGACUCUCCCCAGCUUAAACCCUCUCUAGGGGCCAAAGAAGGAUUUAACAACAGUCAGACUUAUGGAGGGAACUCUGGAAAUGUGAAGAACAAACUGCCAAAACUGAGUCUCAGCCACACAGGGGAGGAGAUGACACAUUCCUGGCCUCCUCCUCUCACUGCCAUACACACUCCUGGGAAGGCUGAUCAUACCAAGUUCCCCGUCCUAAACAAGGAGCCACUGCAUGUGACCUCAGGCUACAACUCUCAGAAACGAUGUAGUAUAUCAGCAAACAAGCCGGCCGCUAAACCUCCAACUGCACCACAGAAGUCAAUGUUGGAGGACGACCUGAAGAUCAGCAGUGAUGAGGAGGAGGCCGAACAAAAGGUGUCUGACAAACCCAAAGCCAGAGGCACUGCCCAAAGUGGAGCAUCAGGGAGCAGCAGUGAAUCAGAGAGCACCUCAGAGUCUGACACAGACGAAUCAGAGAGCAGCUCCAGUGACAGCGAGUAUAAUCCAGCCUCCCGUACAAACACCCCAGAGCCGGAGCCACCGUCCAGUAACAAGUGGCAGCUGGACAGCUGGUUGAAUAAGGUCCAAGCCCAAAACAAACCCCUGGUUCCCUCACAGCAGGAACAUCAUGACACAGGCUCCAUCACCCAGGAUCCAGACACUUUCUCUCCUUUGAAUGAAGCACAAGAAGUGGGUGCAGCAGCCAAGACUUCCCCAUGCAGUUCCAACAGCAACCCUGUCGAAGCUGCCCCAAAGGUUGAACACACAGAUACAAGGUGCACCUUCUGCCCUAGCAAAGAGAAGGCCAAGGCCAAGCCCAGCCAGAAGGCCUUAGGGGAGGGCCAGAGGUCAAAGGUGAAGCUGUCGUCAGGCCUGAUGUCUGGGCCAGAGGUCACAACCCCAAGAAGGAACACAACAGGAAAGAAACAGCCUAGACCGACAGAGACAUCAAGUAGCCUGGAGGAUAAUCAGAACCAGACAUGGAGCAGAUUAAAUCAGCAUAGCCCUGCAGCUAGGGAAAAGGACAUGUUGCCUCCUCCAUCACUGGAACAUCAGAACCCCUCAAGGACACGAAGCAAACCACCCAGUGGGAAAACAGCCCCCAGGAAAGAACCUCGAAGUGCUACAAACAACAACACAGUUACUCCACCAGCAGCACCACAGCAGACAGCGGUGCCACCACCUGCAGAAAAGAGGAAACACAGAAGUACAAGCAACAGAAUCGUUCCCAAGUCUCGAGAAUUCAUCGAAACAGAUUCCUCCUCCUCCUCUUCUGAAUGCCAGUCAGAUUCAGAGAAAGCCAUCAAAAUAUUCCCUCUGCCGCCUCAGACGACACACUCUGUGAUAAACACACAGACUCUGUCCAAUGCACACGUGCACACUCCCCCUCUCCCAAGCCUUUCCUCUGGUGGCACUUCAGGCACUAUAGGAACAUUUGGAGGAAAGGGACUUCCAGUCAUAGAUGGUAGCAUUGAGACCAAUAACAGUAGCGGCAGUAGUAAAAGUAGCAUGAGCAGUGGUAGUAAAGGCAGUAGUGGUAGUAGCAGUAGUUCCCUAAGCAUUAUCAAUGUAAGUGGUUCAUUUGGUAUUUCGGUACCUGAUCCUGGAGGGUCAGGGGGACAGUGCAAAAACCUGAUGCCCAUGUCACCACCCUCCGACAUGGGACACAAGGUGCCUCUCUCCCCCUUAAGGGAAUACAAAGAGAUAAAAUGUUUAUGGGUGAAAAUUGACCUGUGUUUACUCAGCAGGGUGCCUAGCAAGGGUCUGGGGGAAAGAUCCAGAGCGGGAGAAUGGGACAGAAGUGAGAGGACAGAUACAGAGAGGCUGAAGGACAGGGAGAGGACCGGGUUGACAGAGAAGGACAGACAAAAGCAGGAAGGGAAACUAUGGCCUGUACUGAGUGAGAGGCAUAAGUUAACUAAAGUGGAAAAGGAAGAAGACACAGAUAUAUUAAUGCCUGAGAGGCAAGAUGACAGAGGGAGAUUAACAGAGAGAGAGAAGCAGACUGAAAGAGAGGACAGAGAGAGAUUAAGGCUUGCGGAGAGGACAGACGGGAGGGAAGGAGACAUUGUGAGCCAUGGUCUGGAGGUGCUGGACAACCCCCCUGUGCACGAGCAGAGUAAUCCUUGGCUGGCAAGGAGGACGGAGAGGGGAGAUAAAGGAGGCAAACAUAGGAGGCAUGCACCUAAAAAAACAGUUUUCCUGAAUGAGAAACACACCAGCAAGAGCAAGAGGAAACACAAGUCGGACCCCAGUUACCCAUCAGUCGAAGCCAAUAAGAAGCUGCGAUUGGACAAAGACUGCCAGCUGCUCCCACCGUGCAUCUCUCCAAUACACAACCACAAGAACAACAACACAGACCCUUUUAACAAGAAGCAGUCUCGACACCACAAUGACAAGCUGCUUCCGCCGCUCCUAUCCCCCCUCUCAGAUGACCCACCUCACAAACAAGACGGCAGUUCCUCGCUGAGCCAAGAGGCUAGCACCACCACCUCUUCCACUUCCACUUCCUCUUCCUUACACAGACACAGGAGAGGUGAAGGCAAAGGAUCGUCACAUGCAAAAAAUGGCAGUAAAAGUGAUACCCAGGCUGAGCAGCUCAGUGGAGACGGCUACCAUGCCAAUGGACAUAAUUUGGAGGUGUGGACAGAACCAGCGAUGGAAGCUGCUGAACUUCGCAGGCCAAGACUGUCAUUUAGCGACACGGUCCACGGUGCAGACUACUACAUGCAGGAGGCCAAGAGGCUGAAACAUAAGGCUGAUGCAUUGAAACGCGUGGUCCACGGUGCAGACUACUACAUGCAGGAGGCCAAGAGGCUGAAACAUAAGGCUGAUGCAUUGAUGGACAAAUUUGGUAAAGCCGUGAACUACACAGAUGGUGCCCUCUCCUUCAUAGAGUGUGGAAAUGCGAUGGAGAGAGAUCCACUAGAGGCCAAAUCCCCAUAUACUAUGUACUCUGAGACUGUCGAGCUAAUCAGGUAUGCCAUGAGGUUAAAGAACUUCACCAGCCAUUCAGCCACCGUCGCUGAGAAGAAACUAGCUAUGUUGUGUAACCGCUGUCUGUCUCUGCUGUAUCUGAGGAUGUUCCAUCUGAAGAAAGACCAUGCUGUCAAGUACUCCCGGUCGCUCAUGGAGUACUUCAAGAAUUCAGCCAAAAGUUCCCACCAAGCAACCUCUCCCUGGAGGACCAAUGGGAAGGUCAAAGAGACUCCAUCUCCCCCAUCACUCAGCCCCUCUCCAGCAAGCAAUGGAGGAGGAAGCGGAGAUGCAGUGGGAGGAUCUGGAGGCUCAUCAGGCAAUGUGGCGAUUCCUCAACGGAUUCACCACAUGGCAGCCAGUCAUGUCAACAUCACAAACAACAUUCUGCGGAGCUAUGACCACUGGGAGACAGCUGACAGACUAGCCACUAAUAGCCAAGAGUUUUUCCAGGAGCUGGACUUAGUGAUGGAGCCAUUGAGUCAGCAGAGCAGCAUGACUGAACUGGUCCGGUACAUCAGACAGGGACUACACUGGCUCCGCUUGGAGGCUCACCUGCUCUAAGAACUGGUCCAGCACAAGAUGAAGAUAACAAAAAGAAAUAGGCCUGGGAAGUCCAAGUGCAAUAAAAAGUCAGAGGAGAUUCAGGAAGAUGUUUAUAUUCCUGACACCACCAAUGUUAAUAUAAAAGCAUAGACGGGUUGACUCAUUUCACAGAAAUGCCCAUGCAGUCAGAAACUGAAGGACUUACUUUGUAUUUUGAAAUAGGAAUCAAGGGAUAACUUUGCCUUUAAGAAGUGUAGGUUAAAUUCCUGAAAUUGAAAUCUCCAAGAUAAUAAAGAGGCUCAACAGUUACUGAUCUGCUCAAGCAGUGGCCAGUAAAUGUGUUUUAAGUUGGGACAAGGAGUAAAGCCUCAGGCUUCUAUUGAUCAGAAUAAAGUAUCAAGGAACCUGCUGGUAAAGGAAGGGUUCAGCUACAACCAGAAGAGCUAAUAAUAAUAAUAAAGAGGCAGAAAUUAUUUCAGUCAUUAAGUCAGAGCCGUUUGUGACCUGGAAUUUGUGGUUUUCUGAUUUAGAAACAUCUGGAGUCCGAUCUGGAAUAUGUUAGUACAUUGCAAGCCUCACAAGUUGAAUAUGAAGAAGUCUGUAGCUAGACUGAGGAGGACAAGACUGUGUAGGGUUGUCAGCUGAACAUGGACACGUCAUGGUUCUAUAAAUGGGGGCACUCUUCAAACAGAAAAGGCCUUUCACAAGUCUUAGUUUAUUAUUAAUGAGAUUGUAUGAUAUUGAAAUCCUGUAAUUUCUAAACAGUUAUGCACCCACCAUGGUGUCAAACUCUUGCUAAAGCAAAAAACGGCAAGUCUGAAUAUAAUUUGAAACAAUAAGGCUUAAUGAGAUCUAAUCACUUUAAUCUCAUUAAGGCUCGUCUUUGUUUCCCCUUGUCCGUCAUGUGCAGGUGUUGGUGCAAAUAUGUAUACCGCUGACUGCCAUGUCUAUCUUAAGCACUAUCUGAUUGGACAAGAAUGAUUUUUGUAUAUUGUGUAUAUUGUAAUGUACAUACUGGAAUUCUUGUGAUUGUUUUUGAGUCAAUUGUGAAAAAUUCCCUGUGGAUCAAUCCUAUGAAACACAUUUUUUUCCAUGUGAGUAUGUGUGUGUGUGUGUGUGUGUGUGUGUGUGUGUGUGUGUGUGUGUGUGUGUGUGUGUGUGUGUGUGUGUGUGUGUGUGUGUGUGUGUGUGUCUGUCUGAGUAUUAGUAACUCUGUGCCUGAAAUUACACAGACACAUACGAUCAGUUUUUUAACCCUUAUUGGCAAAAAAGGAAACUCUUUUAUUUUAAAAAAUUAAAUGGCAUUGGGUUAGAGACUUCAAAUAUUAAAGUCAACCCUGGAUUACUAUGAUGAAGUAAUAGGGCCACGUUAAAGACAAUAAGGUAGUUGUUUAUUUUGAGAAAAAAGACAUAAAAGUUAGCUAUAAUUAAACCAAAUGUUCAUUUAAAGGUUCGUAUCAGAAUUGCAGCCAGCCGUAUGCAAUAAAAUGAAGGACCUGGAGCAUCUUGUGAAAUUAUACUUCAGUAUAGGUUUUACGUGUAAGGAAAUACUUAUUCUUAUGGCACAUUGGCACCACAUUGUCAUAAGUAUCAGGACUUUGGAAAUACUGUGCAAGAAACAGAGUCUACUGUAUCUAAAAGAAAGAACCUUGGUGAGGAAAAAGUCUCUUUUGUUGUGGAAGAAACAACUUGCUCACACUGGCAAUCUGUACCUUGCCUGAGCACGCUUCACCCCUAAAGUCCAGUUCGUUUGACCAGUGUGACCGCUCUGUGCCGUGCUCAGGCACGGUACACUUCCUUGGCCAUGGCACACUUCGGAGAGGUGUGCUCCGGCACGGUACAGUUCAUGCACGAGCACGUGGGUAAACAACAUAAACGGCCUUCAUUAUGGAGAAAUCCGGAGUGUUCCAUCUGUAUCUGACUAAAAUGACUCAAAGUAAAGAAAGAAAGUCAUGUCAUGUUCUUCGAUGUGCGGACGCGGACUCGGCUGCGUCUGCACAUCAAAGAGCUCAUAAUGCUUGGGCUCAUAAUGGAAAGCCAAUUUGCUCCUGAGGUUCCCUAGCCUGCAAAUCAGUCUGUGUAGAAGCGGGCCAUGAUAAAUGACCGCAGACAUAAAAAGCGUGAAAGGUCACACAUAAUACUCUUCGUCAACCAAUUGAAAUAAGUCACAGAGCUCCCCAAAACAUUUAUUUGAAGUUUCUUGUUAUAAAUCCACUCUGAUACUGUAUUUGAUUUUGCCU